AUAGAAUAAAACAGCUUUUGAGAUCCCCCUUAUAUCAUAUGCAGCGGUCUGGCUCACAGCAAAUACCACCCAUGGUAUUGCAACCUUCGUUCGGCCCGCACGCCGCCUCAUGAUAAGUUGGCUAACAUUGGAGGCACGUCCUCUCUGUGCAUUGACUAAGGGGAUUUGGUUGUGUAAACACUGUCGAAUUGCAGGCAGUGGCGGACCUUGUGAUCGCGUUUGUCAUGUCAUAUUUCCUCAACAGGCGUCGCACUGGGUUUCAACAGACGGAUACAGUGUUACGAAAGUUAACCGUAUAUUCAAUCAACACUGGCCUGCUGACGAGGUAGGAUUUAACAGACUUGUUAGGAAAAUAGCUUCAAAAUUCAGCCUUUUUAUAACCCAGUGCUCUGGCAUUGGUUGUCAUGUUUUUUUUUGCAUUCUACGGCUUCCACUUCGUCCACUUAAUGUUCUUCUUGCCGCUCGGAGGUGUUUAUUCAGCGUCCCUUUUGGCAAAUCUACAUUCACGCUCGAGCCUCUGGGGGGAACUUCAACCUGGAGAAAACACGAAUGUAAACCUCCUUUCUCCCGUGGUACGCAACCGGAUGAGUGCUAUCUCUCAGUCCGUGUGAGGGUAUUAAUGCACAGACCAAAUGAUCAGCAGUGCGAGUCCGUUGCGUUAGGCAAAGAUAGAGGCAGAGCAAUAAAUGAUUUGGAUCCUAAUUUCCUCAUUUGAGCAUGUCUCAGUGAGUUUAGUGAUCUACUCAAUGUGGAUUAGGAUCGAAUAUAUAGGAAGUUUUGUUGCUAAAUGCAAUGGGUAGUUCAACCGAUCAUUGAAAGGCUAUUUCUCUCUGGCAUAAGCUAAAGCUGGGGUUAGUUUCAUGGGUGUGGCGUGAUUAACACAUUUCAGGUGGUGGUGGUUUGGAAGUGAUAUAUAGAGUUCGAUUAUUCAGAAUUUGUGUGAAUCAGUGGAAGGUCACCUUUGUUAGACUUGGA